AUGCAAUUAAUUCAUAAUCAAACAUCUAUUAUCGAUUCCACAAUAAAUAUAAUCAAACGAGAUGAAGUUACCAUGCAGUCCCGAGUGAAUCAUUUGCAAAACGAGAUUGAUGAGUUUCUGAAUAGAAUUGGAACUGCAACAGAACAGAUACAUGUCACUCAAUUACUACUUUCAUUAUCUGCAGAACUCACAUUAAUGGUAUCCAAUCUUCAACACAUCCAGUCGGAGAUAAUUGAUGUGCCUUCAGAUACACAUCAUGGGAAAAUCAGUCCAUUGCUAUUAACUCCUGAGCAAUUAACAAAGGAGAUUAAGAGAAUCAAAGGCCACUUACCACCGUCGCGUACAUUACCGUUCACAGAAGACAAUUUGACCGAUUUUUACAAGCUAAUGAAAGUGAAGUCAACAAUUAAAAAUCAGCAUGUAUUAUUUUUAAUACAACUACCACUGCUAGAUAAGCAGCAAUUGGAAUUGUUCAAGACAACACCGAUCCCGGUUGUAAUAAACAAAACCAUGAUAAUUAUCAAAACUGAAGUGGAGUACUUGGCAACCAACACUGUUCGAGAUCAGUACAUUCCAUUUGAUGACCAUAAGUUACGGGAAUGUUUUUUAACCAAGGAUAAUAUAUACAUUUGCGCUAAUAAGCAAACAAGACUGAGUAUAGCAUCAUCGGUACAUUCAUGUGAAAUUAAUCUAUUUAACGGUAACCAGUCAACAACAUGCAAUAUAAUAAAACUUCAAGAAAAUAUUGCAUUGAAACAACUACACAACCCGAACCAGUGGCUAUACGCAACAAAAUUUGAAACAUUGAUGUCAGCUAGUUGUUAG